AAAUACACCCCAUACUUCCUCUUGUUCCACCGUCACCCACGUCUGCCCGAGAUAAUGAAUACCUGUCCAAUGGGAGACAACUUUGAGGUUGGUGAUGCAGAGGAUGAAAUCGAUAAACAGCUGACUGAAGUACACAAUCUUAAUACCAAGGUUCUUCAAAAUAUUGAAAUGGCACAGGAAAGACAGCAAAGGACUUUUGGAGACCGGAAACGCAAAUUUACCCGUGUCGCAACUGUUGAGGCUGGGGAUGAAUGUCUGAUUUCAGGGGCUUCAAAAAGGCCACGUACAGGGGACACAUUGACCAGCCAGCACAGAGGACCUUACAAGAUUGGAAACAUUACAAAAAAGGGAGUGGCCACUGUGCUGAAGGGAUCAACAACCAUGAAGGUCAAUGUGUCCAGACUGAGGCCCUAUUAUAGGUUAACAAAUGAGCAACUAUCUGAAGGGCAGCUCCUCAACGACCACGAAUACUCCUCAAGGGACUGGCAGCAGGAGCAUUCCUAUUGUUUUUCUGGAGCAAAGUGGGAACGGGAUGUGAACCCAGUUCAAGAGGCUCUUCUAUGUUACAUAUUGGACCAGGAUUGUUCACCUGCUGAGCUAAUUGUGAAGGAGGGAAGUGUGUGCCUUACACGUGAGGAUUUCUGGUCCUUGGGGUUAAGUCAGUGCAUGGAAUCAAAUGCUUACCAGACCUUCUGCUCGUUUGGAGAACCCUCCCAAUGGCUGGGAAGUGACUUUGAGUUCCCCAGACUGAUUGUUUAUGCCUUUGAGGGCUCCUGA